CGAUUUUUGCUGCUGGCUUCCUUUCAUUCUUUAUCUGGAUAAUUGAAAAUGCUCCUUUCAGAAGCUUUCCCGUAGGAUGCCGCUGGUUUAGUGAUACCUGACGUUUCGACCGUGGUUUCCUGCGCAUCCCCUUGUAGCGUGGGAAGUAAGCAUCGCAGCCUUAGUUUGGUUGUUGAUUGUACCUCAUACUUUGCAUGAUACCCCAAUUGAUUAUAAAGCAGUCAUCUCGAGUGGCUGCUGGUUGUUCCUUCUAAUGUGAUUUUUUUUUAUCAUCAAAUAACGGACAAAUAUGGCGACACCCUCUACCAAACAAAAUCCGGGAACAACCCCAACCCACUUGACCUCUUCUCCUCGACCUACUGGCGCGCAUAUGGCAAGACCCAUAGCGCAUAAGUCACCAUCAACAAGGACUCCAUCAGCAUCGGGGCAUGGCCAUGGUCAUCAGCCAAGUGUAUCCUCUCACCAAUAUGCUACUCCUCUUGCUGUAACAACAGGCAUUGAGGAUACUGUCACCUUCAGUUCACCAUCUGCCUUGCUAGCGCUGGGUGGCUACGGUGCGAUCAGCCCAUCUCCUGCCGGUCAUGAUGCCUUAGUUGUUCCGAGUAUGAAUGAGCAUGACAUCCAGGCGCUGGGAAUGCAAGGUAUCAAGCUAGGAUCCGCUCGAGAUAAUGACGAAGAGCGGAAAAGACACAUUGAGGAUGUUGUCCAACUCCUACGGACUCGUAUAUCCGGCAGAUCAGUCUGCAGAGAGGGAAUUGAGCGUCUAGUCCAGCUCGAAGGAUUUGAAUCUAUCUGGCAGGAGGACAAUAUUAACAUUGCCGGAAACUUUGUUGACCUUGAGAUUGAAUUUCACCGCGGCCAGAACGUUGUGAAAGACGUCAGCCUUAGCUAUGCCACACCGGACACUACAGAUGGCGAACGACGGGAAGAAGCUACUGCUGUACUAAAGCGAGAUCUUGUGCAAAACCCGGAAGAUGGAGAACGGGGUUUAUGGAAAUCUUUGACCGGAUUUCAUGGAAACCUGCAGUGGCUGUCCAAGCAUGACAGACUCAGUCAAGAGGUUAAUUGCUUUGAGGCCAUUGAAGGCCUUUAUCAAAGCCUGAAGCGGGUAUGGGAUGAAGAGCAGAAGCUUCCUAAAUUCUCGGGUGUUUACGAACAUCUAUGCGCUGGAUCCAUUGGCCGACCAAGCCUUCACAAGGGAAGUCGACUCGGACUAAGCUUGGACUAUUGGAUCCACCAAGCGCAGGUCUUAGACGCGAAGCACACGGAUUCACCUCCUGACGCCAUGGACAUUGAUAGACCAGCUAAUCAAGCGCUUGAUGAAGUUGCAGAACCACAAAAUAGAAAAUGGUUUGUAAUGAUCGAAUGCGAAGAAGGCUAUCCGUCACUUCGUGUCUCGAAAGAAUGGGUGGACUCUGAUGUUCUCACAGUGGUCAACAAUGCUGCAAAUGGCUCCUCCUCGAAUGAGGCUGCAGCUUCAGAUAUUGCAGUUGUCAACUGGGCUGACCCGCCUCCUACCCUAAGCUCGGGUGGCUCAGACGCAAUGGCACUAGAUUCGAACAUGCUGGGCUCCUCUGCACUGAACCGCCGUUUUGUCGCUCGAAUGGAGCCACCUCUUGAUGUUCCGAUCCUGGCAGCUUCAGACAUUUACAGGCAUCUAGGCAUUCAGCUUCCACACGAAUUUCGAAUGGUCACAUAUGACGGUCUGCUAGUUCCUGGAUGGUCACCAUUAUCAACAACGGGUGCAGUGGGUCUUGGCGCUGAGGACAUACCUCAGCCCGGCCGCAAAAGGCGCAGGACGUCAGUUCAAGGCUUCGACCAAGAAGGAAAUCCCUGCACCAAGCAUCAUAGUUACACUUUUCAGGCGUUUGAGUCGGUUGCAGGGCGGACGAUGCGUGACAUCCCCUUUUCACAUCCGCGGCAACUUGCGGAAGUUUUCCCAAUUUUGCGUCAGUAUGCAUUGCUCGCGAAUCUGAUUCACAAAAUAUUUAAUUCGCCGCAAAAGGACGAUGGGUCAAGAAAGGACGCCGAUCCAGCCGCAGAGGGGAUUCCUAGGCAACCGAAUGCCUCAAAAGCGAUAAUGCCAACGAAGAAAAACAAAGUGAUCGUUCUGAGCAAUAAAGAUCCGAAUGAGCAAAAGCUCGACUUCUUGUUGAAUGGAAUCAACAAAUCAAAUGCUACUGCUACAGGUUCAGGGAAAGACAUUGCAAUGUCACCGUCAAUAAGUCUGCGUGAUCCUGCUGCCCAUCAGGAAGAGGUCAAGGUAGAUGUGACAUUACGGACGCAACUUGGACAAUCACCAGUCAUAAUACUACUUUUCACCGUGGAAGAUCCUCGUUUGGCGAGUUCCCCUGCAGAGACUGUCCUGAGCAAAGUCUCUAUCAGUUUGGAGAUUGGGCUUAAUGGCCGCAUUUCAGUCGUGGACAUGACUGGCCUGCUAGAUGAUGAAACGGCCGCAGAUAGUGAAAAGGGUGCAGAGAACAGUGAGUCAUACAAGCUGCAACAGAAGAUAGCCAAGGUGCUGGAAAUCUCCCAAGACAUCGAGAUAUUGGUAGAAUGGGUUGCGCGGUGGGUACGGCAGCAAAAGGGACGUGGGUGAAACCUGUGACGAAUGGCGGAGGCCUUGAAGUGGAGAGCAGCGUCUAAUCAGCCUGUCGGUUGGCUUGCCGUCGAAUGCAGGACCUUGACUUCCACGUUGCAAUAUACUACUGUGUGUCGGGUGACGAGACUGCAUGCAUAGCACUAGCCUUGUAGUGUUGCCAUAAGGAAUCAUGGCAACAGGUGCUGCCUGACUGCUCCAAGGCUACUCCGCGUCUACUCAACGGCCCCGGUUAGUCUGUUCAAGCAGGAGGUCCACGAGCCACACUUGAAGCUGGGAUCACAGAGGUUGGGCCAACAAAUAAGCUCCAUGUACCUCCCAAGUGGAUUACAGAAGGCGCGCAAUGGAGAGCGACUUACGAAUGAGAGUCGCAAUUGUAGGGGGCAAGAUAGUACCGCAUAAGUGGUAACUAAUGAACUGAUGACUACAAUUCC